AUGUUUGCAUCAAUCGCAAUCAAUGGCAAAAGAGUGGCUCUUAGCCAUGACCUCGACUGCUCCAGUACAGACUACAUCAUCAUUCGCACCACGGGCGACCCGUUGAACAAACAACAAAAGGCCCAGCUGUCAGAACUCGGCGUCAAUGUCGCGGAAUUCGUCGGAGAUGAGGAAGAGCAAAUCUACCUGUGUGGAUACCCGAAGAAUUCCCUUGUACAGAUUGACAAACUCGAUUUCAUCAACUAUGUUGGCAUCUACUCUGACGAAUUUGUUCUGCCGCCAGUUGUCGUGGCGGCAUCGCAGACUGCGACGGUUCAUAUUGAUGUCUUGCUUCACAGCGACGUAAGCAGCGUGGCGGAUGAACUACUUCAAAAGAUCGCGGAUGCUGCAGACGUGCGACCGUCGGAUAUUACGGUGGGAGAUGGUUCCGUACAGAUCAAGGUGGAUGUUGCCAAGCUCAACGACAUUGCGGCAUUAGACGAAGUCCGCGUUCUUCACACCGCGAAUGAGGCUGCCCUGUUCAAUAACGUUGCCCGUGGAAUUCUCAAAUUUGACGACGCUAUGCCCGUCAAGAAUACCGGCUAUCGAGGCAAAGGUCAAAUCGUAUGUGUCGCGGACACGGGCUUCGACAACGGGACCAGCACCGACGCCCAUGACGCAUUUGCCGGUCGGGUCAAGGCCUUGUACUCGUGGGGUCGUGCCGAAAAGGGCGGUGCGACGGACGACAUCGAUGGUCACGGCACCCAUGUUUGCGGAUCCGUGUUGGGCAACGGCCUCCAUGCUUCCGAGGGGUUAAUCGAAGGCACUGCACCGGAUGCUGAGCUUAUUGUGCAGUCUCUCUUCAGCGGCUUCAAUCCGUUCAAAUACGACUCCCCCAUGCUUGGCGGCAUCCCAAAAGGUUCACUAAGUCCCCUUUUCAGCCAGGCGUAUGAUGCCGGCGCCCGGAUCCAUACCAACUCUUGGGGCUCCGCGCUGCCGCCCCUGACCAGAAUCCAACGACCAUAUGAUGGGCGGUCAGAGAGCAUUGAUCAGUUCGUCUGGGAUCACCAAGACAUGACCAUUCUCUUCGCGGCUGGUAACGAUGGCCAGGAUAUCGACACCGACGGAAAGGUUGAUGGGACGGUUAAUCCUCGCUCCCUCGGCGCAGAAGCGGCGUCGAAGAAUUGUAUCACGGUCGGGGCCACCGAGAAUCUCCGGCCCGAUCUCAUGUCUGGCGAUUCUAAUCGGCCGUACACGUAUGGAGGCUUCUGGUCUCAGAAGUUUCCUAGGAAUCCUCUCAAGGAUGACCACAUGGCUGAUAAUCCCGAGGGACUCGCCGCAUUCAGCAGCCGGGGCCCGACCACUGAGGACAGGUUGAAGCCGGAUGUUGUUGCUCCAGGAACCGCGAUACUGUCAGCCCGUUCUCAAAACAAGAGAUUCUUGACCUCGAUCAACCUCACCGGCGUAUCUGGAGACUCCAAGUACAUGUACCUUUCCGGCACCAGUAUGGCCACACCCCUGGUAGCGGGGACCUGCGCAGUCAUUCGGGAGGCUCUCCUGGAAACUGGUUAUCUUGAUGAACAAGACGGCGUCAAGAACCCCACGGGAUCACUGCUCAAAGCGCUCUUGAUCAACGGGGCGGAGCCCAUCAAGGGACAAUAUAUCCCUCCGCUUGUUUCUGCUGAGCCCAAUCCUCACUCUGGCUACGGUCGAGUCAAUGUAGUCGGCUCGCUACCCAGGUUGAACGAUCCUCUUUCAGGAUACGGCAUCGGCAUCGCCGACGAAGAUGGCAAUGGCCCCUUCCACCUCGCGAUCCCGAUUCCAGCACCAACUGUGAACGGAGCCACGAGGAAUUUCAAAGUCACACUUGCCUAUGCCGAUUUGCCUGGCGGCAAGCUGCAGAACGAUCUGAACCUGAUUGUUGUCAUUGGUGGCGAGGAGCUCCAUGGAAACCAGAACGGUCAUCGGUUUGUGCUCGGAUCGAAGAAGAUGUUUGACCGCCGCAACAAUGUUGAGCAGGUGCUUUGGGAGAAUCUUCCAAAGGAUGCCAAGUCGGUCAAGGUCAUCGUCAAGGUAUUUCGAUUCAUGGCCAGUAGGGUCCCAUUUGCGUAUGCAUGGAAGUUUACCUCUGCUUUCUUGGAUCAUACCACUAUCUUGCCAGACAUGGCUGUCUAUCGGGCAAAGAUAUGA